CCUCCCUCCAGCCACAAACAAACAUGGCGUCCACAAAACAAUCCAAGAACAAGGUGCAGCCGCUGUCGGAGCAGGAGCUGCAGCAGAACUAUUCACGCCUCCAGAGUGACCUGCAGGCCCUGGCUAGCAAAAUUGGCGAACUUGAGCAAGAAGCCGAGGAACAUACUCUUGUCCUGGGGACUCUAGAAGAGGCAUUGGCUGAGGAACCUGACCGAAAAUGCUUCCGCCUCAUAGGUGGUGUCCUGGUCGAGCGUACUGUGAAGGAUGUCGUUCCUGCACUUCAGACGAAUCGAGAUGGGAUCCGAAAAGUUGUAUCUAACCUGGCGGAGCAGUACAAGUCGAAAGAGCAAGAGUUUGAGAACUUUAAGCGUGACUACAACAUCAGGUCUGUCGUGAGAGCCUAAGAAGAGAUCGCCACCCCGUUCGGCCUUCCAUCUACUUUCAACUAUCUGGUCCAUCUGCAGAAAUUCGGUGCAACAUACAGAUAAAGGCCGUGGAAUAGGGACUUCGUCUGGCUUGUGUAUUCUAUGUACACUAUUGCAUACCAUUCCCUUCGCAUCGAUGAAGGCAGUUCGACAUCGCUUGCGGGGUUGGCAGGAAGCCGAGUACUGGUGGUACAGUCGAC